AUGACAACACGCUGCCCCGUCAGUUGGAGAGGAAUAAUAAACCAGCUUCGGGAGGUCGUGGUCGUAGACAGGACAGGAGCUACAGCAGCUACAAUGAAGUUCGUUAGGUUCAUGAUGAAAAACGCCGCUUUGGCCAGUGUGCCCAAACAUAUCGAACAUUUCUCUAAAUUUUCUCCUUCGCCGCUCUCCAUGAAGCAAUUCCUGGAUUUCGGCUCCAUAAACGCCUGUGAGAAGACCUCCUUUGUGUUUUUGAGACAGGAGCUGCCUGUCAGACUUUCAAACAUCAUGAAGGAAAUAAACCUGCUGCCUAACCGACUUCUCACAACGUCAUCGGUGCAAAUGGUGCAGAGCUGGUACAUCCAGAGUUUAAUGGAGAUCCUUGAUUUCCUCGACAGGAAUCCAGAUGACCACAAAGUCCUGGGAGAGUUUGUUGACACCCUGGUGACGAUCAGAAAUAGGCACAACGACGUCGUUCCCACCAUGGCCCAGGGUAUCAUUGAAUACAAAGAAGCCUUCCAACAGGACCCGGUCACCAACCAGAACAUCCAGUACUUUCUGGACCGCUUCUACAUGAGCCGGAUCUCUAUCCGCAUGCUCAUCAACCAGCACACUCUCAUUUUUGACGGCACUACAAACCCUGUUCACCCAAACACCAUUGGAAGCAUUGACCCUCACUGUCACGUCGGGGAUGUAGUCCAAGAUGCCUUCCACAGUGCAAAGAUGCUGUGUGACCAGUACUACCUCCGCUCCCCUGACCUCGUACUAAAGGAGAUGAGCAGCAAUAAGAACAGCCUCCCAGUAAGCAUCGUUUACAUCCCCUCUCACCUUUAUCACAUGCUGUUUGAGCUCUUCAAGAAUGCCAUGAGAGCAACGAUAGAGACCCACGACGACAGCAACAACCUUCCACCUGUUCACGUCCUGGUGUCUCUCGGGGGCGAGGACAUGUCAAUCAAGGUGAGCGACAAGGGAGGCGGUGUCCCCUUUCGGAGGAUUGAGAACCUUUUCAGCUACAUGUACUCCACCGCUCCCGCUCCACAGAUAGGAGAAUACUCACGGCCUCCUCUGGCUGGCUUUGGCUACGGGCUGCCCAUCUCUCGACUGUACGCCAAGUACUUCCAGGGAGACCUGCAGCUCUAUUCCAUGGAGGGCCACGGCACAGACGCUGUCAUCUACUUGAAGGCGCUGUCCACAGACUCCAUCGAGAGGCUGCCGGUGUACAACAAAACCGCUCUAAAGAACUACAAAGUGAGCCAAGAGGCUGACGACUGGUGCGUACCCAGCAAAGAGCCCCUGGACCUGAGAAACUUUAAGGUGUCCAAGUGAAAAUCAGAUCAGGCCUACAUACUGUAAUGUAAACGCCUUUCUGUCUUCAAAACUCCCAACGUCUCCAUCAGUUGAGGCAGGUGUGGACUACAAACAUUUGUUCUGCUUAGAGGGAACAUCUCCAGACAGAAGAAGACAAUAUGUCCUUUAUUACUUCAGUCCGGUUUCAGCAGUAGCAUGCUUUUCUCAGUCCCUGUACCUCAUUAGAAAAUAGGAAACUUCCAUUACAGAAGAUAUUCAGCAAAAAAAAAAAAAAAAAACAUUAGACGCCUCGAAUGUUGCAUCAGCAGGGAGUGUGUGUGUGUGUGUGUGGACAUGCAGACUGGAGUGAUGUGCAGGUAGAGAGCGAGAGGCAGCACCAGGCUUGUUUUGGGUGUGGUGUUGUUGCUGAUAAUAGCUCAACAGAUCAACAGUGGAAAGAUGUAGAGUAAAAAGUGUGUUCAGACCAAGAGAUAGACAAUUCUCUCUGUUGUGUAAUAACAUACAAAGUCAUUGUGAAUACACAUGACGAUUUGAAUAUGCUGCUGGCAUAAAUCACGCUAAUUUGCUACUAUGCAAAUUUGGGAAAGUUGAACUUUUUCCCCACCAGAUAGGAUUUUUUUGCUACCCGUGCAGUAAAAUGUACUGUCCCGUAGACAUCCUCAAAUCGACCCUGAAAAUCAAGCAUUUCAAAAGUUGUUUGUUUGACUUCUUGCAGACAGACCUAGCAACUUAAUUGAUUACAAAUCUGCAUCCUGGUGUAGUUAUUUCGGCCUGCACAGCAAAAUCUGCUUUGUUUGGGAUUCAAACCACCGCAGCAAACAAGAACGCAGUCGACGUUUGACCUGCUUGUUACAGUGUAGCUGCCACUCACCAGCGACGUGUAAUUAUGCGCCCUGCAGCUGAAAGCGAUAGUUGAUGUCCAUCGAAAAAAAUUCCUGAUGCUGAGCCAGCUCUGACCUUGCUAAAAACAGGUCAUCAAACUAUGCACGGGUCAGCUUCAUGUAGCCCGGAGCUGAAGUGGAGUUAAUCCAAACACAGUUCUGUUGGAAGGCGUCGAAAUACGUCCAGCUUUGUCGCCCGUCCGAGUGACUCGGUUUACUGACGGAC